AUGGCCCGACACGCACUCAGUAAGGCAGAGGCCUCGUUUAUUACCAAACUCAUCCGUGUCGACCAGGCUGGAGAACUUGGUGCGGACCUUAUUUACCGAGGUCAGUACAUGGUUCUCAGCCGAACCAAGCCUGAGAUCGAGCCUCUCAUCAAGCACAUGUGGGAGCAAGAGCAGCACCACAGACGAACUUUCAACGAGCUUCAACAGAAAUACAGAGUCCGGCCGUCUCUGCUUACCCCGAUCUGGAAGGUUGCAGCAACUGGUCUAGGCUGUGCCACGGCCCUUCUUGGUCAAGAAGGUGCCAUGGCUUGCACUGAAGCCGUAGAAACUGUUAUUGGUGGACACUACAACACUCAAUUGCGAUGGUUACACGAAAACUUCCCUCCCAAGGAAGAGCGGUCCAAGGACGAAGAGAUCACCUCUUUGAAAAGCAUUGUUAAGCAAUUCCGUGACGAGGAGCUGGAGCAUCUCGAGAUUGCUGUGGAAAACGACUCGCAUGAAGCCAGACCUUACUGGCUUCUCACGGAAACCAUCAAAGCAGGAUGUCGAGGAGCCAUUUGGGUCGCCGAGCGAGUUUAA